AUGACGCACUACCUCCACGAAGCAGUCAAUCCCUUCCGCUUUGACCUCGAAAUACCCUGGUAUCGAUACAUACAGAUCGUCAUCGCUACUUUCACACUCGUUCCUUUCCGAAUCUGCGCCUCAAUUCUAGCCGCGACGGCGAUCUACAUAGCAGGCGUGAUCACAACAAUUGGUCUUCCUCUUCAAGCAGAUGAGUACGACAUUGUUGGAUUCCGAUCAAAGCUGCAGUAUUUUCUCACUCGCAUUUGCUACGGCUUCUGGCGAAUAUGCCUGGGCGUACGCGUUACCACCAAGGGAACUGCCGUUUCCAAAGACAAAGCGCAAGUGCUUGUGCUAGGCCCACAUUCCACAGUCUAUGACACGAUGAUCGCUGACCAGAUUCCACACUGUCCAUUUCCAUGGACUUUGGUCGGAGGAACGUAUGGCAACGAAUUCUCGUAUCGAAUGUUUCGCUCGUUAGGCUCAAUCUUUGUGGACAGAACGGAUCGUUCGUCCACCUCGAACGCAAUCGAAGUGAUAAACCAGCGUGUCGCCGAUCCUAAAUGGCCGCAGCUGAUGAUCUGGCCCGAGGGGACUACCCACAACCGUCUCGGAAUGAUGAAGUUCAAGAACGGAGCUUUCAAUCCUGGAGCCGUCGUCCAGCCACUUACCUUGAAGUGGACCAACAACUGGGACACCUUCACCUGGUGCUUCAUGGGUCCCAGUUUUCUGCAGAUGAUUUAUCUCACUCUCUGCCAGUUUAGUAUCAACGUCGAAAUAAACUUUCUCGAUCCCGUCACUCCGACCAAAGAGGAAAAAGCAAAUCCAUCUCUAUUCGCUGAACGCGUGCAAAAAGUCAUGGCUGACUCGCUGGAAAUCCCUGCUCUCAAUUUAACCCGCGACGAUGGGCUCGCACACAUGAAAGCGACUGAAUAUGGAUUGCCUGGGCACGUCGCGAACAUCGAUAUCGAAUCGUACAGAAAACAAAGCGGCCUCUCCCGAGAAAAAUAUACCAAGAACUCAAACAAGCUCGCGGAUUACGACAACUUAUGCACUUUUCUUCAACUCCCAAUCGGCCUUUUUACAAAGCAAGUGUUCGCCAAAUACGACAAAGAUGGCAUAUUCUGCUUCACUUUCAAAAACUUCCUCGACAGAAGAUUGGGAACAUUCUAUCCUGCAUCAGAGCGAAUUAACUACGAGAAGUUGAUGGAGUGCAUGGACGUCGACAACGACGGAGCGAUUUCACUUGGCGAUAUUCAAGCAGUUUUUCCAAAAAUCUUCGGCGGCCAGGCGCCCAUCUUUGCACAAAUCUGGGAUCUCCAUUCCGACGGACGCAAAGUAUUAGACCUAGUCGAUCUCAAGCGCAUUUGCCACGAAUAUCCCGAGUACGCUUUUAUAUACGAAUGCUUCCUGGAGUCACGGGAGAACUCACGAGUUUCCCGCGUUCUCGGUUGA